UUGGCCCCCAGAGAGGGCGGGGAGAUGACACAGUUGUUCCCCAAGCCCUGCGGGGCGGGCAGCAUGGUUCACUCCAGCAUGGGGGCUCCAGAAAUAAGAAUGUCUAAGCCCCUGGAGGCCGAGAAGCAAGGUCUGGACUCCCCCUCAGAGCACACAGACACUGAAAGAAAUGGACCAGACACUAACCAUCAGAACCCCCAGAAUAAGACCUCCCCGUUCUCCGUGUCCCCGACUGGCCCCAGCACCAAGAUCAAGGCUGAAGACCCCAGCGGCGACACAGCCCCAGCAGCACCCCCGCCUCCGCAGCCGGCUCAGCCACACUUGCCCCAGGCCCAGCUCAUGUUGACUGGCAGCCAGCUAGCCGGACUCACGGCCCUGAUGCCGGCUCAGCAGCAGCUCCUCCUGCAGCAAGCGCAGGCCCAGCUCCUGGCCGCCGCCGUGCAGCAGUCCAGCGCCGCCGCCGCCGCCGCAGCCUCCACCUCCUCCUCCUCUUCCUCCUCCUCCUCCUCCUCGACCUCGCAGCCCCCAGCCUCCUCCUCCUCCGGGGGAGGCGACCUGCCACCACCACAGUCUGCCAGCCAGCCCCCAGGAACCCCACAGCUCACCCUGUCCCAGCCCAUCCAACUCACAGCACAGGACAUCCAGCAGCUCCUCCAGCUCCAGCAGCUGGUGCUUGUGCCAGGUCACCACCUCCAGCCACCUGCUCAGUUCCUGCUGCCACAGGCCCAGCAGAGUCAGCCAGGCCUGCUACCGACGCCAAAUCUAUUCCAGCUACCUCAGCAAACCCAGGGAGCUCUUCUGACCUCCCAGCCCCGGGCAGGGCUGCCCACACAGGCUGUGACCCGCCCCACGCUGCCCGACCCGCACCUCUCACACCCGCAGCCCCCCAAAUGCUUGGAGCCACCAUCCCAUCCCGAGGAGCCCAGUGAUCUGGAGGAGCUGGAGCAGUUCGCUCGCACCUUCAAGCAACGCCGCAUCAAGCUGGGUUUCACACAGGGUGACGUGGGCCUGGCCAUGGGCAAGCUCUAUGGCAACGACUUCAGCCAGACGACCAUUUCCCGCUUCGAGGCCCUCAACCUGAGCUUCAAGAACAUGUGCAAACUCAAGCCCCUUCUGGAGAAGUGGCUCAACGAUGCAGAGACUAUGUCUGUGGACUCAAGCCUGCCCAGCCCCAACCAGCUGAGCAGCCCCAGCCUAGGUUUCGACGGGCUCCCCGGCCGGAGACGCAAGAAGAGGACCAGCAUCGAGACAAACGUCCGCUUCGCCUUAGAGAAGAGUUUUCUAGCGAACCAGAAGCCUACCUCAGAGGAGAUCCUGCUGAUCGCAGAGCAGCUGCACAUGGAGAAGGAAGUAAUCCGCGUCUGGUUCUGCAACCGGCGCCAGAAGGAGAAACGCAUCAACCCCUGCAGCGCGGCCCCCAUGCUGCCCAGUCCGGGCAAGCCGGCCAGCUACAGCCCCCACCUGGUCACACCGCAAGGGGGCGCCGGGACCCUGCCAUUGUCCCAAGCUUCCAGCAGUCUGAGCACAACAGCCCGCCAGGUUCCUCUGUCCAUGGGAUUUCCCAGGCAAGAAUACUGGAGUGGGUUGCCCUGCCCUCCUCCAAGGGAUCUUCCCGACCCAGAGAACGAACCGGCGUCUCUUAGGUCUCCUGCAUUGGCAGUUACUACCUUAUCCUCAGCUGUGGGGACACUCCACCCUAGCCGGACAGGUGGAGGGGGUGGGGCCGGGGGCGGGGCCGCGCCCCCCCUCAAUUCCAUCCCCUCUGUCACCCCCCCACCCCCGGCCACCACCAACAGCACAAAUCCCAGCCCUCAAAGCAGCCACUCAGCUAUCGGCUUGUCGGGCCUGAGCCCCAGCACGGGAAGCACAAUGGUGGGGUUGAGCUCCGGGCUGAGUCCAGCCCUCAUGAGCAACAACCCUUUGGCCACUAUCCAAGCCCUGGCCUCUGGUGGAACCCUCCCCCUUACCAGCCUUGACAGCAGCGGGAACCUGGUGCUGGGGGCGGCUGGUGCAGCCCCAGGGAGCCCAGGCCUGGUGACCUCACCACUCUUCUUGAACCACGCUGGGCUGCCCCUGCUCAGCGCCCCGCCUGGCGUGGGCCUGGUCUCGGCAGCCGCUGCGGCCGUGGCGGCCUCCAUCUCCAGCAAGUCUCCUGGCCUCUCCUCGUCCUCCUCCUCGUCCUCCUCCUCGUCCUCCUCCACCUGCAGUGAGACGGCAGCACAGACCCCUGGAGGCCCAGGGGGACCCGAGGUAGGGUCCAAGCCCGAGUGAGGGCCCGCCAUGCCUCCCCUCCGACUCCUCUGACCCCCCUGCCUCUGUCCCCCGCCUGGGAAGUGGGCGAGGAGGCCAGUGGUGGGGGCACCGAGGGUCCUCGGAGCAAGAGUGACAAGGGAGGAAAGACCAAAAAAUAAAAAAAUAAAAAGCAAAAGACCAACCAACAAACCAAAAAGAAAAAAAAGAAAGAAAAGAAAUCAACCAACAGAAAAAAGAAAACCAAAAAUAAUCACAAAGAAACCAGCUGCCCCAAAGGAACCAGAGAUGAAAAACAAACAUUAAAAACAAAAACCAAAAAACAAACAAAAAGUUCCUCACCAAACUGAACAAACCAAAUACCAGUCUGGAGCCAGACCUCAAUGUGCUCACCCUCACUGCUACGACACCAAAUAGGAGCCCAGCCAGGGGCAUCACAGCCUCAGCAGGGCGGACCUUACUCGACCCCUGGUGUAGGGCCAGGGCCCCCCCUGGGGGGCGGUGGCCAGAGAAGGAAAAAGAGAAUGUGCCAGCCUUCCAGCCUGUACCCCCUGCCCUGGGCCAGCCAAGACAGGGCACAGCCUGCGGUGGAGGGGGUGGGCUCAGAACUACCCACCAAAUAUUCUUUUCCAGAAGGUGAAAGAGAAAGGGCCUGAACAACCUUACACCAAAUAUUCAGUAGCUUCAUCCAAAGGAUGUACAGAAUUUUUAGCAUUGUGCUCAACAGAAUGUGUCCCUGUUGUGUGUCCCCCCCUCUCUCCUGGCCCCUAGCUCUCCCCGCCCGGGCAGGGGGUCUCGCUUUAACCUCCUCCCUCCCCCACCCAGGGGAGAGUUCAAGGCAAGGCCUGGGAUGACUUUUCAGCCCUUUUACCUCCUCCGCCCUUUCCCUUUGAAGGGUGGGCUAGGCCAUUUUGCCAAGCUCUAGCUCUCACAUGUUCCCCCUACCCCCACCCCCCGCCCCCCGCCCACCCGUCACCUCACCCUCUUCUGCUCAGGAACCUCCCACUAUCCCUGGUCCAAGGGAAGGAGGAAGUUUCAGACAAGAGAGGAGAAGGUGAGGGCGUUCAAGUUGUCUUUUUUUCCAUCCUCGUCUGUCAGUUUCCCUUAAAGAAAAAAAAAAUUUCAUAUUCCAGUGCCUAUCCGUGGGAUCCUUCACGUUCUUUGACAUUUUUGACCAGAAACCAAAAAGAGAACUCACCUCGCUCUUCCCACCCUGUGCCCCUCCGAUACUGGCAGAUGCCUCUUCCUCCCCCCUCCACCCCACAUGCACACACGCACGCACCCCAGUGGUGGGGUUCCUCCAGAUGGCGUCCCCAUCAGGGUCCAUGUGGCAGGGACAGUGCCAUGGACCGUGGUCCCCAUCCGAGAGGGCGCUGUGGUGACCACCACUCCCACAAGACCUCCCUUGAGUCUUGGCUGGACCCCAGGUUUGCCCAGCCCUGGACGCAUCUCACUGGACAGAGGAGAGACGCUGCUGGGAGCCACGUUGCCCUCCUGCUAUUGGGGAGGCCAACAAAGUUUUGAACCAAAAAAAACAAAACAAAAAAACCAAACAAACAAUAAAUUAAAACUAGGAAAAAAGAAAGAAUUUAUAGAUAUAUAUAUAUUUAAGGGAAAGAAGACGAGGACUCUUCAACGAAUAAGAAGGAGCCGCAAGGUGGAGCCAGGCCCCUGCACCAGUGGUCCAGGCCUUUGGUCCCCAAGGCGGAUGGAAGGAUGGAUGCUUCUUUCUCUUCACAAAUACCUCAUGGACGUCGUCUUCGGGAAAGCUGGAGGGGGGCGGCUGGGGCCGGGCCUGCCCCUCAGCCAGGGCGGAUGGAAGCGGGUGGGCAGGGCUGAGAGAGGCUGUCAGGGACGGGGGUGAAGAGCCCCAAGCUCCCUGCCUCCCCCCCCCCCAAUCAACUGAAAAAGCUUUAAAAAAACAAAACAGGAAAAAAGAAAUGAGAAAGCAAAAAAGAAUGGACGAAGGAAAACUAACAAACUUUCGGGUGGUUUGAUUCCUCCUUUUGAGUUCUUCUGUCCUCUUCAGUCUGUCCUCUCUCCCAUCUCCUCCUUUCUCUCGUCUGUCCCUCCCUCUUCCUCCCCUCUUCUCUCACCUCUCACCAUCUCCUGUUUCUGUGUCUCUCCUCAAACCAAAGUGUUGCUGUGAAGGACGCGAGCCAUUGAAAUCAGAGUGGCCCCCGCCCCUGGCUGGGCAGGCGCAGAGGGAGGGGAGAGCCCCAGGAGCCUGGCGGGGCUGCCCAACACUCCCAGGAGAGGCAGACGGAGCCUCGGAUGCCACCCUGGGCCCCGAGGCCUCAGCGUUCUCACUUUCUUUCUUGUCUCCCUUCUCCCACCUGGGAAAUGAAACUUUCGGGCUGGGCCAUGGAGGCAGCAGAGACUCAGCUGUUUCAGGGGUCUCGGGGUGCCUUGUCUGGGAAGUGGUGGAGCGGUUGCCCCUCCCACCCUGGCACCGAUGGGGCCUGGCAUGCCGUUGACCCAUCCUCGCCAGAAUGUAAGCAUCUCCGCUGAACCUACUCCCCGCCCUUACCCUACCUCUGAGUUUGUCCGUUUUUAUUUCCUGAAGAGAAGGGACUGGCUAGCGGGCCUGGGCCCUAGCCCAAGGGUGGAGACGGGGCCACGGGCUCAUGAACGGAUAGGAAGGACGUUUGAGCAGAGCCAAGUGAAAGGAAUUGCAACCAAAAACCCCUCCGAGAAGACAGGCAGCAUGGAAGGCAUGGUGGAGAUGACUCAAAAAACUAUGAUUCUAGACCAAAAAAUAGAAAAAAAAGAAAAAGAAAAAAAAAAGAAAAAAAAGAAAAAAAGAAAAAAAGAAAGAAAAUCCAGGACUCACCACCACCCACUUCAUCCUGCUUCCUCCCCAUCAAGUCCUGCGUCCUGGACUGCUGCUCCUCCUCCACCCCAGUACCCAGUAGGAAGCUGGCAGAGAGGAGAGGAGGAAGCAGGGGACAGGGAUGGGCCUAUGCCCUGACAUUGGUGGAGGGACCCCCGUGUAGCCAGGGUGGUGGGGACCCUCCCCAUCCAACCCCCAUUAUCUGGGAAAAGAAAAAGAGAAAAAGAAAAUUCCUGGGAGGGGGAAAAAAUAACCAAAUCCCAAGCUUUAACUACAGCUGUGAAACCAAAUAUUGGGAAGGGGGUGGGAGGGAGGGAGGGGCAAGUGUGCCCCAGGUCUCCCCCCUGGGCCCCCCUCCCCCGAGGACUCGAGAUAAGGCACCAAAUACCUCAUAGAACUUUAAUGUUAAAAAAUGGAAACCAAAUAUCGUUGGCUGGGGGCCAGCCAGGGCAAGGGGCUGGGGGGCUGAGGGAGCCAGGGUUAGGAAGGUGAUGGGGGAAUUCAUGCCCCCCACCUCCCUCUGCCCCUUCCACUCCAGCCUCCCCCGUCUCGACUCCGGGAAACAAAACUAUCUCAUCGUUUUUAUUUUGUGGUCUGUACAGAGCCUGUGUCCGUGUGUCUGUGUGCGAGCGAGAGAGUUGGGGGGCUGGGGAACUUUAUGUGGGGUUGGGGAAGGAGACCCCAGGCCAGGUUCUGGGCUAGGGGAGAUGUCUGAGGUGGGGGGGUCAGGGGCCUGGGCAAGGAAGAAGGAUGAGUGGACUGGAGAAAGUGGGAGCCCUCAAUUUCUCCUCCCCAACCCUGACCUUACUCAAGGGAGGGACAGAGACUGGGUCUACCUAACGGUGGACCUUUUAAUUGUGCCAAAAAAAAAAAAAUGCCAGUAACUAAAACACCUCUCUCUGGUCUCUUCUGGGAGGGUGGGGGCUGGAAGUGGGAGGAAGGACUGCGGGAGGGUAAGUAGGGUCAGUGGCUAUGAAGAACCCAAGGCUCUGUGUGAACUGGGGCUACGACCAGGAGGAGGGGUAAGGCUCUGAGUUUCCCGCAUGUCUCCUCCCUGGGGAAGGCCAAGAGAGGGUCUCCAAGCCCUGCACCCUGGGAAGAUGGGGUACGGGACUGGCCAUGUGGUGAGGGCACCUCUUGACCUGGCUAGAUCUCCUCCCCUACCCAAAUCCCAGGGUGCCUCUCUCCCUUUAGCCCAGGGUAGGGAGAGCUGAGUGAGAGAGAGAGUGAGACAGACUGAGCAAGACUGAGACACGCGGGCCCCCACUGGCCUCCGAGUGGGAAAGGCAAGUGCGAGAGAUAAAGGCCUCCAAGAGAAAAAAGAAACAAACCAAAGAUUUAACCAUUUAAAAAAAAAAAACCCACAGACAACUCCGCUACCUUUUUAUACGUUGGAAAAAAAAGUGAAAAAAAUUAAAAAAUUAAAAUUAAAAAAAAAAAAAUACACAAAAACUCCAAGCCGCAGUUCCUUCAUGCGGUUUGAACUUUGACCUCAGCAGUCUCCAAAGCAAGAUGACGAUGAGAAAGGGGAACAAAAGAAAGAAAAAAUAAUGUAUAUUUUUAAGUAUUUGUCCUUGAGAUGUUAGCUCCUUGUUAAACACAAAAAGGAGAGAAAAAUCCAGAGAGAAGCGUUGCUGGGACGGAGACAACUAUUUACUAUGUCUGUGACCCCUCCCCUCUGCUUCCCCUUCCUCUCCUUUCCUCUGUCCCUGCUGUCCCUCCCCCAACCUGUCCCCCAAGCCUAGGGGCUCAGUAUUUAUUUAUUUAUAUGAUUGCAGGGUGACUGGGGGCCUCUCUUGGCAGUUUGUGGAGAGGCCCUUUGGAUCAUGGUAGGGUGGGGAAGGGGCGAGGGGUCUGGAGAAAAGCAGGAGCCUGAUCUUUGGUCAGUUCCUCUCUGCCGGCUCCCUCUGGCUUCUCAUGACACUGCUGCCACCUUCACCUCCCAAAUCCAAGGCUUCACGAGGGCAAGGUGACCAUCCCACCUUGUGAAGAUGAAACUGGUUCAGCCCUUUCUGGGGUGGGUGUCUUUCCCCUUUGAAAGACCAGGUUCGAAUGGGGAGGGGAAGAGGUGGCGAGUAGUGGGCAAGGGAGACCAGGGAGUCUUACCCAAACAUGAAGCAGGCCCUGGAGGAGACCCGCCUCUCCUCCAUUCUCCCCAAGUUAGCCCCCUUUCAGUUCUGUUUGUCCCCUGUGUUGGUAGCCCCUCCCCUCCCCCCAACCCCCCCUCCACCCCCGUCUCUUCUCGUGGUAGCGGGUUAGCGUUUCAGUGUUCUUAACUCCAAUCUGCUUGUUCAUUGUACAAUGUGCUUCUUUUAAGGCCCCAUUUUUGUAACUUGAGUGUGUCAUUCAUCUGAACAACAUCAAAAAAUAAAAAAUGAAAAACUGUACAGAGAGAAA